UUUUCAGUUGGCUGGCUGUUUCAGAGCACUGAAGUGAAGAUCACGAGCUUGCUAUUAUACAGAUGUAUGUUUCACAACAGAGAAACAUGUAUUCCAGUCCCGCAGCAUUUGGAUAUGCAGGAAGCCAUACUGGUUAUAAUAUUGGAACGCCAGAACAAAGCAUACAAAAUACACAAUCCUGUUAUUACAAUUCUCCUGCGAGAUAUAACUUCAAUAACUAUGCACGAACUCCUUCUCAGAGUUUUCCAAACCGCUGCAGUUAUUCGCUUCCUUCGCUGCCGUCUGUUCCUAAUGCGGCCAGAGUUUCAGCUCAAAACUGUAAUAUGAACGUUUACAGUGAUCCUCUUCAAAGCAACUUCAACAGAUCUAGUCUACCUACCGAGGCCUUACUCCAUAUCCCACGACAUCCAGCAAGAGAUUUACUGCCUGAGCUGGACGAGAACCCCAUCUCACCAAUUUCUGAUGACAAAAUCUCCUCGUGUAAAUCAGCGAAAAAGAGAAAAGAAAGAACGGCAUUUACGAAACAUCAAAUUCAAGAACUCGAAAAUGAAUUCAAUCGUAACAACUACCUGACGAGACUACGUCGUUACGAGAUAGCCGUGAGCCUCGACCUGACGGAACGCCAAGUCAAGGUUUGGUUUCAGAAUCGACGGAUGAAAUGGAAACGAGUAAAAGGAGGAAAGAAACCGGAGAAAAAAGUUGCAGGAGUAUAUUUACCACAAGACCACACCACCGGACUUGAGAAUCUUAUCCCCGAACCAAGAACUAAUUUAUAAUUAUUUAAUGUAAAAUAAGG